AUGAACCAAGCCACACUGCACGAAGAAGGCCGACCACAGCUACGCGUCGUUGACAGCCCACCGCCAGGGAGCAGCAAAGGCACGGCUGACCCGGGUACGAGCGCCGAAAGCGCAGUGAUGGAGGGGCAGGACACCGCGUCGGCCCGUGAGCCCUCUCAACAGGUGUCCGAGGUCCAGGGGGAUCGGGAUGAAGGAGCCCUCGCUCCUGCCAAACGUCCCCGGCUGGGUGAGGAGGCUCAGGGGCCGUGUGGGGACCUCCACCCACCUGACCUGCAUCGAGAUGCCCCAGCACAAGCAGACGUGGAGCAGGAACAACAAAGAACAGGAGCCCCCCCGGAUGCCAAAGACUCUGGUGAUGACGUGGAGACCACAAUGGGUGGGGGCACUGAGGAGGAGCAGCACUGCCAGCAGAAUGCUGAUGGCGGCCCUGAUGGAGAGAUGCAAACAGAAGAGGAGAAGCUUCAUGAGUCUGCAGACAGUCCGAAUGAAGGACGGCACCUUGCGUUAGACUUUUCCCAGACCCCCCAGGUCCUGACUAGUGCCUGGAGCGAAUAUGCCAAUUUCUCAGAGAAUUACCUCAAAGGUUGCAAAUGGGCUCCGGAUGGUUCGUGUAUCCUGAGCAACAGUGCGGACAACGUGCUCCGCGUCUACAACCUCCCUCCGGAGAUUUACACCUCCAACUGGGACGUGCUGCCUGAGAUGAGUCCGGUACUCAGGAUGGCUGAAGGAGACACCAUCUAUGACUACUGCUGGUACCCCAAAAUGAACUCGCUGGAACCCCACUCGUGCUUUUUUGCGAGCAGUAGCCGCGACAACCCGAUCCACGUGUGGGACGCCUUCUACGGCGAGGUGCGGGCCAGCUUCCGGCCUUACAACCACCUGGACGAGCUGACGGCCGCCCACUCGCUCUGCUUCUCCCCCGACGGCUCGCAGCUCUACUGCGGCUUUGACAAAACCGUCAGGGUCUUCCACACGGAGCGGCCCGGCAGAGACUGCGAGGAGCGGCCCACCACGGCGAAGAAGCAGAGCGGCCAGAGCGGCAUCAUCUCCUGCUUGGGCUUCAGCCCGUGCCAGUCGCUGUACGCCUGCGGCUCGUACUCGCGUUGCGCCGGCCUUUACUCGUGCCGGGACGGCACCCCGCUGGCGCUGCUGCCCGCCCGCCACCGCGGCGGCCUCACCCACCUGCUCUUCUCUCCCGACGGCUACUACCUGUACACGGGCGGGCGGAAGGAUCCAGAGAUCCUGUGCUGGGACAUUCGAGAGCCCGGUCAGGUCGUGUUCUCCCUCAAGAGGAACGUGGCGACCAAUCAGCGCAUCUAUUUCGACCUCGACCCGUCGGGCAGGUACCUGCUGAGUGGGGGCACGGAGGGGGUGGUGUCAGUGUGGGACUGCCAAGGCCCUGCAGGUGGCGAGGAGGUACUGCAGCCUCAACUCAGUUUCCAGGCCCACUGGGACUGCACCAACGGCAUCAGCAUCCAUCCCUUCAUGCCGCUCGUGGCCACGUCCAGCGGGCAGCGGCAGUUCCUGUGGCCCGGCGACGGCGAGGGAGACUCGUCGUCCUCCUCUUCCGACGCCGAGGGAGGCGACGAGGCCGCGACGUCUUCCGGGGCCAACCGCGUCGACAACGGGCUGAGCCUGUGGUGGGGCGGACCGUGCGGACCCCCCGCCGACGAGCGGUGUGACGAGGUUUCAAACAUGCAGAGCUGAACGAGAAAUUUCACAAGGGGUACACUCGCAAAAUCACAGACGGGUUCCUUUUCUUCAGCAAGGAUGGAAAUGAGGACAAACGCGCCAGAAGUGUUCUAUUUUUAUAAAAAGCACGGCAUCCUUUCCUUUGUAUGUCGUGCCAAAAGUCAGCAUCUGAUAAUGUUUUUUUUUUUUUUUUUUUAACCUUGUGAUCAUGUUCACACACGCAACACACUUUCAAUAAAAAAAAAAAUUCAAUCCA